AUGCAGGAAGGCCAACAGGCCUUGGAAGAAGCAGAGUCAGACCAACCAGAGGAUCCUCAGGCCGGUCCUUCAUCCGCUUCGCAAAUUCAGCCCGGCACCUUGACGGCAUCCCCCACCUCCAUCGACCCGGCUUCAGACAUGGGCCAGGCUGCUAGCACCAGUGCCGAAUCUGCUGCCGAGUCUGCCACCGCAUCCCCCACCGACAAGACACCCACUCAGUUAACCAGUCAACCAGCGGGUGGUGCCUCAAGUACACCACAAUCUGCCGCCAUGUCUGCUGCUGCUGCUGCUGCUCCUACUUCUGCUUCGGCUGCUCCCGCUCCCACAUCACAAGCGCGCCCUCCUCGACCAAAUUACCCACCAUAUGCCACCCGCCCUCCUCUACCAGACGUGAACAUCACGCAAGAGACAAUAGAGGAUGCCUACGUCGACUUCAUCUUCCACUGUAAUCCCCAUGUACCGCUGGACACCGACACCGUCAUGCUCCGGGAUACAUUUUCGGAUCCUCCAAAGAGUGGCGGCAAGUCCUUCAACACCUUUGUCCUCUUUGGUCUGAUCAAGCAGCUGGAGAACAAGGAAAUCAAAACAUGGGCCGAACUGGCUCUGAAGCUGGGGGUUGACCCACCUGACCCUGAAAAGGGUGAAAGUUCGCAGAAAAUCCAGCAAUAUGCUGUCCGCCUAAAGAGAUGGAUGCACUCGAUGCACAUCGACGCGUUUUUCGAGUAUCUGGUCGGACGAGAUCACGACUACUGGGUAGACAUCCCACCUUUGGCUAUUCCUCUCAGCGAGAUCGAAAGAGACGGUGUGCGUGCCGAGGAUGACAUGGCUCUCAGAGCUUUGUUGCCGCACAUCAGGCCACGGCGAGGCAGGAGGAAGCCCGGAGAGGAUGAUGCCCUGUCCCCUCUGCCCCCAGGUGGAGAACCUUGGUCUGCUCACCCAGCUCAAAGGGGGAGUGUCUUUACUUUUGACAACACCAGGCUCGGUGUACCUGGGCAGGGAGCUCCAUGGGGUAACAAUGAUGGUGGUCAGACUCCAAUGACGGCUUAUCCCCAGUCUGCCAUUACCCCCACGACAAGAACCAACUUUUGGUCUGAUGAGCCUAGGUCGGCUAUCACCCCCUCAGGCUCCAAGCCCAAGUCUCUAAGUAGGCGCCACGGGGCUAAAGUGGUAUCAUCAGCAUGGAGGACCGGUGGAGCCACAGGUAGAGUACGAGGACGGCCGCCCAUCAACCGACAGCUCAACAGUGAUGGGCCCUUUUCGGCAUUCCCAGCAUCGAGCGACUCGCCUCAUUACGGAAAGCAUACCUUCCCUAAUAACCCACCGCCAUCACAAACCCCGAUCUUGCCGCCGCCUCGACCGAAUGCCCCAACAGCUACCCAAACCCCCACCUCCGCAACACCAGCUCAACCAUCACCAACGGUCCGAGAAGCCCCCGCUCCAGCAGCCUCCGGCCGCCCAGCAAAGCGCACGCGCCUCUCCCUCCAAGUACCCGAGCGCGUAGGCAACGAAGUCCGCCUCGCCACUCCUCCCCUCCUAGCCCCGGCCCCGCCUACGCUCAUGAUCAACGGCCAAGCACAACCAUCAACAAAUAAUUCCAGUUCCACGGCCACCCACCCUCAACUCCACCCUCAAUAUCAAGCCUCAUCAUCAUCAUCAUCAUCAUCACAACCCGCCUUACUCCUCCCCUCCGGCCCCUCUUCCUCCACACAUCCAAACCCCAAUCCCAACCCCAACCCAUCUUCCCUCACAAACCACACAGGUCCCCUCGGCCCCUCCCCCUUCACACCCUCCUCCCUCGCCGACCCGUCAGUCGACAAAUACAACCUCCUCGACGUCGAAUCCAUCUUUAUGCACCAGAUCUUGACAGCCACUUGGCUCGAUAGCGCAGGGAAUCCGAUCCCCGCUUGUUCAGUCGACGAAGCAUUUGCGUUCUGUCACACGGUUAUUGAGAACUUGCAUAGGAACGCAAGCAACAAGCAAGGAUUUUUGAUCAAUCUAGCGGCUCUGGUGGGGGGGCAUACCCUGUUGAAUCGGGAUGGGGGGCCUGCUUCACGGGUAGAUGGUGAUGCGGGGCACGAAAGCGGGAGAGGGAGGGGGUUGAGGGUUACGAAAUUGGGGGAAGGGGCUUUUGAUGAGUCUGGGAUUGCCUCUGGGGAAGGGACGGGGACGGGUGAAAGUGGAGGGAAGUGGAUUAAAGUUUCGGCGGUUUGGGAACUUAGGUUGGGAGGGAUCUGUGGGGAUUUCUCGAUGGAGGAGGUGAUUAGAGUUGGGAAAUGGGGUGGUGGAAAGAGAAAGAAGAAUAAGGCUGAUGAGACUUCUUCUUCUGCUGCUGCUGAAGGUGCUGCAGCGGGUGAGGGAGAGAGUGCUGCUGAAGGGUCAAGUGCUGGUGGUGCUGGUGAAAAGAGUGGUAGAGGGGGAAAGAGACAAGGAAAAAAGCUAUCCAAGAAGGAAGAAGAAGAACUGGAAAAGAAGAAGAAAGAAGAGGAGCUGAAAAAGGCUGAGGAAGAGAAAGAGAUGUGGCAGCAGAGGUUUAUGGACAUGGUGGCUGCGGUGAAGAGGAGGGAUGAGGAGUUGGCCAUGUUGAAGGGGACUAUGUUGCAUGCGCUGAGGGAGAGGGAGGCAUAGGAGACCUCUAUGAGCCCAUCUACUGAGAUGCUUCUAACUAAUAUAAGUUACAAGAAG